UCAGUGUCGGUUCUUGCGUGUUUGUGUGUUGGUAAAGAAAAAAAUAAUCAUGCCUAGCCUGAUCUUCGACAAGUGCUGCGGCUGCAUUGAGCUGAAGACAGGAUGCCUCAUCAUCGGCUACCUGGAGCUGGUGGGCGAGAUAAUCCUCAGUCUCCUAAUCCUGGUAUCCUUACUGGCCGGGGGCGUGGCCAUCAGCUCCGACAAGGAGGACGUUAAGGAAGUGGGAGUCGGUCUCAUCGUGAUAUCGGUCAUCCUGCUGCUGGCCCUGGCGCUGCUGCUCGCCUUCACCAUCACUCUGCUCGUCGGUCUACACAAGAACAAGCGUGGCCACGUGAAGGCGUACCUGAUCUACUCGGCCAUCUUCUUCGUCAUCGCCGUGGUUAUGUUCUUCGCUGGCCUCAGCCAGGGCCCUCCCAUCUCCAACAUCAUCUCUAACAUCAUUACCUUGGUGAUCCAUCUGUAUUUCCUCAUGGUGAUCCGAAGCCACUACCACAAGAUGGACGACGCCAGCAAGGGCGCCAUCUACAACACCGCCUAAGCUAAAGUACCUCAAUGAUGUUUGAUGUUUAGGGGCCUAGCUUUAGUCGUAGGAAACGCCAGUCGAAACUUAACCAUUCGUUGUGGUAAAAAAUCGUUCUUUGUGUCGUAUAGAGCAGCAAAAAAAGUGGUUCUGUGAGCUGUAGAAUUAGUAAUGUAGUAAAGAAUGUAGAGCUAUAGAGCUUAAAAUGGUAUUUAUGUAUGGCUUCGCGAAUUUGAAAACAUAUAACUACCGAAGCUGCUCUCAAAAUUUCACGAGAUAAGUUGAGAAUUUACGAUCCGUGGAGGAGAAUAUCUAAUUACGAUAGCAUUUUUGCCCAAGCUGAAAAGGAGACCUUCGCUAACUUAUUCACGUCUGCCUUAUGCAUUUAUUUUUUUGAUUGGUGCUUGUCAACAAACGAUUGUAGUCUAAGGCCCUUGAUGAUUAUCCCACGCGGCAAAAUAAAUGUUGCUUAUGCCCAUAUAAUUAAGGUAGAUUAAGGAUUAUGUACGUUUAUUUUUCUAUUUUUUACAGAAUUCAUUUUGAGUUCGUGUUUUUUUGCAUUUUUAAGGAUAAGUUUUUCUUUUUUUAUUCGUAUCUCGAAAUUGUUUCAAAAUAUAUGCUUGUCAAUGUAAAAUCAUGCUAUUUCGACAGUUUAUCUUUUUUUAUGAAAUAUUAGUAGGUAUUUUCAUAUUUCAUUAAAAUUGACAUAACUUUUCUUGAUAUUAUGCAGUGUUAGUGUUAGCUUACUAAAUUAACAAUAUUUUGUGACUCUAUAUUUGAAUCCAGGAAAUAUGAUUAUUAUAUAACGGAAUGUGGUAAAAAAGUGCCUGGAAAGAUCUCGAAUGGUGCCGAAUGUAUGCAAGGUUUAUGCCUUAGUAAGGUAGGAUCAUAGGUAGACUGACAAAAUGCGAGUAUUGAGCCUACUGAUGUGUCGUUGGAAAAUUUCCAAAGUUGCGAAAUGUCCACAUGGAAAUAUUUUGGUAACGCCUAAAAUUUUUGUAUGGGAAUCGAUAUUUUCCAUUUCCACGUCUGCAGUUGAACAUACAUGGAAAUUGACCAUUAUGUUCGUAUCACACAAAAUGUCCUCUUUUCCAACUAAAUAAAACUAAUAAACGGUAUUUAGAUCAAAUUUAGGUACAGAUGUAUAGUGCAUAAUUGUUUUCCAUAGUAUUUUCUCGGAAACGUUCGUAUUUGUCAUGCUACUUCAAUCAACCUCUGUACUUUUUGUACCGAGACUGACUGAAAUAGCAAGACACGUUAGUACGUUUCCGUGAAAAUACGAUGGAAAAUAAUUAUGCACUACAUCUGUAUUCAAAACUAUGUAAUCUAACGUCGAGUGUUUAAAUCUAAGAUUAUUAUAAAUUUAUAAAUCUUUACAGUCUUGUGGGGUAGAUAUUUAGCUUGUAAGUGUCAGAUUCGCCUAAAUGUAUUAAAUGUUAUUGCUUAAUACAACUUAAAUACUUCAGACUGUCCAAAACUCAAAUUAUAUAUUAAUAUUACCUAUUUGAUAGAUUAUUUUAAUCUACAAAACGGAAAAGGCUAGAAAACUCUGUAGAAAUAUUGCAUUGGAUUAUUACUGAAAUGGGACAAAUAUUUACAGCUUUAUUAAAAUAUAUACCUAUGUAUUAAAUACAACAAAAUGUUAAUACGAUAUAACUUUAGAGCGGAUAGUCAAUUCUAUUCUUAUAUAACAUGACUUUAAAACAAGUACAUAUGAAAUGCAUAAUGAUCUAUUUAUACUCUUUCGAUAUAUUUACAGUUUUUGAGGCUGACCUAAAGCAUUUAUAAUACUUGAAACAUUUGUAGAUUCAAUAAUUUUAUUGUAACUGUGCCAUUUUGUAUAUUUCUUAUAUAUUAUAUACCUAUGUACCUACUUAUAACCUACUCUACCUUAUAAUACAAAUAGGUACCUAAUGUAAGUUAAAACUUAUCUUUUUUCGAAUAAAUGUUUGAAUGAUGAAAA